AUGAAGCUCCACGGCGGCACGGAGGUGGAGGGAGCGUUGCCUUCCCGGAGCCGGGUGCUCUACAUCGGGCACCUCCCGCACGGCUUCUAUGAGGACCAGCUGCUCGGGUACUUCAGUCAGUUCGGAAGGGUGACGCGGGUGCGCGUUUCGCGCGCGAAGAAGAACGGACGCGCGAAGGGCUACGCGUUCGUGGAGUUCCAGCUCCCGGAGGUCGCGGAGACGGCCGCUGAGGCCAUGGACGGCUACAUGAUGUUCCGCCAGAAGCUGGUGUGCAGGGUCGUGCCGGUGGAGAAGCAGCACCCGCAGCUGUUCAAGGGGGCCAACCGGAGGUUCCGCGUCAAGCCCGUGCACAAGCUCGAAGCCGAACGACAUGCGAAGAGCAACACGCCGAAGGGGUACGCGAAGCGCGUGGAGCGGCUGGCCAAGCGCAGCCAGGCGCGGUUGGAGAAGCUGCGUGACGCGGGCAUCGAGUACGAGUUCGACGCGGCGCCGCAGAUGAAGGUGCGGAGCAGGAUCGUGUUCGACGACGACGAGGAGGAGGAGGAGGAGGAGGAGGAGGAGCCCGUGGUGGCGGUCAAGAAGAAGAAGAAGGUCGCGAGGCGGUGA